ACUAAACAGUAAGUGAUUUGUAACGAGUUGAGCGAGACAAGUGAUUAAAAAAUGGCAUCCGCGACGACGUCGCACAAUGAGGUUUCGCAGGAAUUUUCUGUCAACAAACUUAUUCGUGUCGGUUAUUAUGAACUGGAGAAAACUAUUGGUAAGGGGAAUUUCGCCGUCGUUAAAAUGGCUACCCACGUCGUGACGAAAUCGAAGGUGGCUAUUAAAAUAAUAGACAAGACAAAAUUGAAUGAGGAAAAUUUGGCUAAAAUUUUUCGUGAAGUACACAUAAUGAAGCGCUUAAGGCAUCCACAUAUUAUAAGGUUGUAUCAAGUAAUGGAGACAGAAAAAAUGAUAUAUCUAGUUACCGAAUACGCACCUGGAGGAGAAAUAUUCGAUCAUCUUGUGCGAAAUGGGAGAAUGCCAGAACCAGAGGCAAGAAGAAUUUUUCGUCAAAUUGUUCUUGCUGUUCGUUAUCUUCAUCAACAAAGAGUUGUUCAUCGAGAUUUAAAGGCUGAGAAUUUGCUACUUGAUGCAGACAAUAAUAUAAAACUUGCAGACUUUGGAUUUAGUAAUGAAUAUACUCCAGGUGUCCCACUUAGUACUUGGUGUGGAUCACCACCAUAUGCAGCACCUGAAAUUUUUGAAGGGAAGCAAUAUGAUGGUCCAAGAGCUGAUGUAUGGAGUCUCGGUGUCGUUUUAUAUGUACUAGUUUGUGGUGCAUUGCCUUUUGAUGGACCGACAAUGCAAUUAUUACGCUCUGUAGUUAUCUCAGGAAAAUUCAGAAUACCAUUUUUUAUGUCUGCGGAGUGUGAAAAGUUGAUUAGACAUAUGUUGGUAGUAGAACCUGAAAGGCGUUUAAGUAUUUCACAAAUUUUAGCACACUCUUGGAUGGGUGGAGAUGGUGUCACGGAACCAGAACCAGGAGGGUGUAAUUCUGAAAAUGUGCCACUACAGCUAAAUCAGUUAGUAAUAGAAAAUAUGUUAAGAUUACCAGGACUUAGUGCUGAUACAUUAUUAAAAGCUGUUCAAGGCAAUGCUUUUGAUCAUGUAUCAGCAAUAUAUAAUCUUCUUGUUGAUCGAUUAGAACCAACAAUGCCUAGUUUACCUAGUAUUCAAAGUUUACCAGGAGAUUAUGCCCCGGAUGGUGCACAUCAAUUAGAAAAGUUUGGUGACACUGAAGCAGAAACAGAAGAGAGAAGUGGGAUGCAACUUACACCUGGCACACCUUACCAUACUACAAGAAGACACACAGUUGGCCCUGGUGAUACAGCUCAUCAGCCACCAACACCAUAUCCAUAUAAUAAUUAUCAUAACACGGGCGAUCCAACACUACGACUCCUUCCUAUACUACAGUGUAACAAUACUGAUCCUCAAGUGUUACCUCAUACAAAUUUGCCAUUAAACCUUCCUCUAGUUCAACAUCAGCCUCCUCAAAACUUUCAAAUCAAGGAUCAGCAUUUGUUAAAGCCGCCUCCGGUUAUGGGAGCAACGGGAGGCUUUGGAAGACGAGCUUCGGAUGGUGGAGCUAAUCUUCAUGUUUUCUAUCAACAACAUGGUAGUAAUUCCGGUAGUGGUGAUGAUGGAGGAUGGAGUCAACCUGGCAGUAGGGAACACUUGCAACCUAUUCCAACUGGUAGUCCAACACUUGUACCAUGUGCUCAAUCGUUAAAUGUAGGAGUCAAUAAUGGUAGUGGAGAUGCAAAUAACAAUAACACUGGCAGUGGCAGUGGAGGCAGUGAUAGAAGACGACGAAGCGGCCUUACUGCUGUCAUGCAAAGACCAGUUAUAAACCCGGAAAUGGUUAUGGAGGUGGAAGCUAGGAUGAAUAGAGCUUACCUCCCAUCACGGCUCUUACCAUCUCACCUUAGAGGAUCAACACAUCACAGGAAGACUUCUUUGUACCAUACUAGCACUGUAGGUAACAGAGAUUCAUAUAAGGAACCAAGUGCUCAUGUUGCUGCAGAACGAUACUCACCAGUUCGAAGAGCAUCAGAAGGUUCUGGUCCAUCUGGACCAGGAAUUCAAGCACUUCAGCAAGAAUACCAGCAAUUACAAAGGUUAGCAUCUCCAUCGCACAGCCCUGCAAGCAUACCUGGAUCUCCUGUACAUGAAAGAGGGGUAGCAGCAAUUACACAAGGUUUAAGUGGCUUGACUACGACAACGGUACAAGGCAGCAUUGUACAUGGUACUCCAACGCAACCACCGGCAACACCAUUAGAUUUAAGUCCAUUGAGACAUCAUAGAUCACCAGCUACAACACCAGUUAGUUAUUCGCCUAGUAAUAGUCCAGCUUUGGACAUGAUUCAAGAAGAACAUCCUGUGGAAAUACCAAGAGUGCCACCUCAGAUAUCUGUAACAGAUCUCGGGGGACAAGUGACAGUUAUCAGUUGUUCACCUUCACCAACUCCGUCACCCGACUCACUAGAAGACGCGUUACCUCAUUACAAUCCUCUUCCCAGUUUCAUUAUUUCUGAACCAUGCGAUCCAUUAAGACCGAGUAUCACGCGUGGUAUCGGUAGGCCAUUGAACACACCAAUUCCGACGGAAGUCGAAGUCACUUUAUCAGACGAGUCAAGUAGAUUAAACAGUGAGGCUAUAUUAGGUCGUGUCAAACAGAUUAUAGACGCGAGAGCCCCACCGAAGGGAUUUAUCUUUAAUAGAGAAGAAGUGAAGGGUAGUGGGCUUAGUUUAGAAUACCCAGGUGGUGUUCAAAUAGAACUCAGAGUAUGUGAAUCAGAAGAGAAGGAAGUCAAAGGCAUUAAAAUGCGAAGAAUUAGUGGGGACCAAUUGCAGUAUAGUCAACUUUGUCAGCAGCUGAUCUCGUGCAUUACCGUUUGACGACAGCCAGCUUAUAAUAUAAUGUUUUCUUAUACAUUACAUUCCUGGUGCCACACACACCACUCAUUACAGUAUUGCACAUGCAUGCUGCAUACAUACGAGCGGUACUUUAAGCAUACCAUUCUUUGUAUCGGUACAUUCAUACGUGUAACAUUCAGUGUGCUUCACUUCCGAAUGUUCUACUCCUAUUUUGUUUUUUCUUUCAUUCUAACUGUGUAAAUCAAGGAAGAACAAGACUUAUGUUGUCUCUUGUGCAUAAUGUGAAGUUAGAAACGGAAAUGUUACUAUUGAGCACUUUUAAAGCCUUAGAACUAGGACUUUAAAAGGUACAUAUGAAUAUAUACAUACCCUUGUGCAGGCAAGACAAUGCUCUGCUAUUUUUUAAACAAUUUGAGUAUUAACGAAACAGGACGAUUUUCAUGAAAGUUUAAUCGUAAUGUACAUCACACACACACACACACCAUUCCUUUUUGUAGAAUGUUUGUCUUCAUGUUAGAAGUUACUAGAUAGUGAAUUCGUAAUUUACUGUUUAAAUCGUCAUCAGGUGCCCUUUUUAGCUUUAGAUAAGGAAAAGUCUUUUGUACCGGAUUAGAUGGCAAAGCAUUUUCAUGAUAUAUACAUAUAUCUUUCUGACGUAGCCAGGGAUCUUUUAUAUGGGAUUUACUAUAUUUAUUCAAUUGUCAUUGCAACCAUUUUAAUUUCAUGAUGCAUAUACACAUAUUCCAUAUUUGUAAAUACUAUUUUACAAAGAUCAUACAAUCUUUCUGUUUUCCUUUUAUGUUAAUUGGGACUGGAAGAAUUGCCUUCUUAUUUCUGGUACAAAUACCACUUUGUUAAAUAAUUUAAUUUUUAAUAGCUAGAAAUGUAUACAUAAUCUUUCAAAUGUAGUGCAAACACAUUAUUGUGGUUUGUAGUUCAAAAACUACACAGACUGAGUUACGAUUGUAUAUCUUUCUUUUUUAAAAUGUCUGUAUAUUGCAUUUGUUGCAAUUUAUUAGUGAAUGAAAUAUGCUUCAUAAUUUCAUGUUCGAUUAUUUUAUGAAUUCUUCGAAUCGAGAAACAUCUGUGUGAGGGAAGUGUGCUUUCCAACUAUUGUGCUGUACAAAUCAUUUAAUUGUCGCGGUUUAAAAAGGAAAGUAUGCAACCUAGCUCUCCUCGUGUAACCAAAGAGUUCAGUUGGUUUUAUUAAAGAAAAAAAAAACAAAAAGAUGAUACGUGCAUCCAAUAGAAAUCGCUAGUGAACGCAAAAUGAAAUUGUAACUAGGCUGGCACAUAUUCUUAUUAUUAUGUUACAAUGGUUAGAUAAAAGACAUUAUAUUAGUGUCGUGUAUGGAAGAAAUAGAAGAUUUAAUUCACACAAUGUAAACAAGAUAUUUUUCUAAAUUUACUUGUUUAUAAAGUAAACAGAAAGAAGUAUGUAAAAACGGUUUUCGUCUGAAGUGCAAGUGACAAUGUAUAUUUUGCAGAAUAUAACUUAUACAUAGCUUUUAUUCAGUACUUGUGUCUAUUUUUUUUAAGGAUAUUAUACUUUGAAAAAUUCAUUUGCAUUAACUUUUUAAAAACGAUUGAUUAUAUUUUACAGUUAGCAAUUGAUUUUUUUAAUUAUGUAAUUAAAAAAUAGUACACAUGAAAUAUAAGCUCCAUUCUGCAAACAAUAUACGAAGGUAUACUUGCACUAAUACAUUUUCUGUUAGAGUAUUCCAACUUUAUUCAUGGGUUAAAUUGAGUUCGUAGAAAGUGAUGAUACUUCUACACUUAUGUAAAUAACGAAAUUUAAUGUAAAUACAUGAUAUGUACUAUUUAGAGA